AUGGAAGCCAUAUAAGGAAUAAUAGUAAACUGUAGUACGUCAUAAAGAAUGAAUGUAUAUGUAUCAUGAAUGAUUUUUCUAUGUUGUCAGAACUGUCAAUCUAUAUCUGAAUAAUGUAAUGUUUUCUUUAAUAGUGCGCGAGUGUCAUUCAAGUCUAUUUACGAAAUUUCCGUGUAUAUAUAUGCGAUGCGAAUUUGCUAGCGGCAAAUUGGGAAUAAUUAUUCGCCGUUUAUAACCUCUACAUAAUACGCUUUGUGUUGCAGCUCUACCGCACUACGCCAAGACCCAAAUAUCAGCUGAUCUGUUUUUAGGCGCAUGACAAAUCGUAACCGGUGGCAGAGAAUUGUCGAUGGAUAAUGAGUGAAUCCGAUGAUACGGAUGUCCUGCUCCUGAUCCCGCCUGAUAUAUUCCAUAUACAAUCUUCCGAUUCAGACACCAACUCGUGUGUUUCCGCAGAUCGCGGCAAGACUGGCGUUAUCUCAGAGCUGGUAGGACACAUGCAAUCAUUAGAAUCCCGUAUCACUGCUAUCGAAUCCAGAGACAACAGUCUGGACGUUUCUGUAUUAAACAAUUCACUGGACUCUCAGCCAGUUUAUGGCAGCGCAUCCUAUCCUUAUUACCGACAUACCUUGCCCAGAUUGUCCGUAAGUCAAAGCACCAGCUUGCAAAACACUCCAGUGAAACCUCCUCGUAAACCUCUGUCUGUACCUUCCACGCCCAGUGGGUAUUCAAAGCAGAACUAUACUAAUUCAUUGAGAAAUGACAUGAAGUCAGGAUGCUACGUCUCGACAGCUGCUACCUCUAAUUUGACUACUACUAACACUCUUGCUCGAGCCAAGCAUGAUACUCUAACAUCAUAUUCUGAUUUUUUUGUGGUGCCUUCUACUUCUUGUGGUACUGGGCUCUCGCAUGCUACUGCUAUGUCUAUGAAGAAGGAAUCCCAUUUAACUGUUUGUCCAAGUGAUCAUUGUACGAGUAAUUCAUAUUGUAAACCAUACAAUUCUUUACAUUCAGCAGUAUCCGCAUCAUACUUACCUAAUGUAUCGAUAGGUCAGCAGCACAAUCGUACUAGAAUAGUGCAAGAGAUGGAACUGUCAGAGGUUGAUGAGUUGCUUCAAGAAAUGGAAGCCACUGAAUUAGAAUUAUCAAAAAGAAUAAAUAGCACUGGCAGAUAUCAAUAUCAUAACGAACUGGCUCAUCCAAAAUCAUUGACUCAAACUGUUGAAACAGCAAGCAAUCAAGAGAAAGAGACACAACAUAAGCUUGGAGCAUAUAAAAAGUUAAAUUUUCUAUCAUGCAGCAAAGAGCCUCAACUCACUGAUACUUUAGCAGCAUUUUCUCAAAAGAAAUCAAACAAUACAUUCCCUGAAAUAUCAUUGCCUGAUUUAUACAGCGAUUCAUUCCACUUAAAUGAAUCUAACAAAAUGAUUUCCGAAUUUAAAACAUGGGAACAAAGUGUCCAACAACCUAUUGCAAAAGUAAAUGGAAUAGAAAACAGUAUACAAAAUGUAGAUCAUUUAUCUAAUGUAUCAUCAGCUACAAUUGACAAUGCUAAAUCAAAAGAACUGAUGUCAGAUCAAAAUAUUCUAACAAGAAGUGAAGCAAAUACAAACAAUGUACCUGCUCAAUCCAAAGGUUCUAUUACAGAUUCUCUAUUACAUAUUAGUGAUUCAAAAUUUUCUGAUGUGAUGCCAUUGAAAACUGUACAAUAUAGUAAUGCAGAGCAUUUACUGGAUUCUUGUAAAACGCUAUAUAAUGGAAAUGUACACGAUGACAGAGAAAAAUCAGUAUUCACUAAAAGUGCUGUACAUGUUGGUACAAACACAGAUCCUCAUUUAAGAAAAUAUCAACGAGUCUUGUCACUUUCGGAUUUCUGGGACACUCACCCAGCCAGAUCACAAGAAGAAACACUUAGAAUCAAAUUGGAAGAGGAGAAAUUUCGCAGAGAGCAUUGUGAACAUCUGAUUCAAGAAUUACAGAAACGGUUGUUGGAACAACAAGAGAAAGUGGCAGUAGCGGUCAGAAUUGACAAUGAGAAAAACGUUUUGAUAUCUCAAUUUCAUGUAGCUUGGUCUAAGUUGAAGCAACAAGUUGCAAUAUUAGAAGUUGAACAUAAAAAUUCGCAAACUAAUCUGCAGAAUGUCACAGAGAAACAUCAGGCUGAAAUCUCAGAACUUCAGACUCAAAUCAAACGACUUGAAGAAAAAUUAUCGAAAGCUUUAGACUUAGCAGCUGGAUAUAAAGAAAAGAGUGACACCACGAUUAAAGAAAAAGUUGAUCUAUUAAAAGCUCAUGCAGAUGAAUUAGAAGGUUAUAAAUUAUUAGUCCAAGAAGCAGAAAAUAGAUAUGAACAAAUAAAAGUAGAAUUUAAUAAAUUGUUAGAAAAAAAUCAACAAAGUGAGGAGACAUUAAGAACUGUUCAAUCAGAAUUAAAGAAAGAACGGUUGAGAGAGAAUGAAGUACGAAGCGAGAUGGAUGUUAUUCAUAAAGCAUUGGACACUUGUGAAGCCGAAUUAACAGUACUCAGACAAGAAAAAGAGAAUUUGCAACUUAAACUGAAAGAAGAGAUAAACAGAAAUUCUAUUUUAGAACAAAAGAAUUCAUCGUUGCUUGUAUCGAUCGAGGACGCUAAACAAGCAGAAAAAUUAGCUAAAGACGAAACAAAAUCUAUUGUGGAGCAAAAGGAAAAAAUCAGGGCAGAAUUGCAAGAAGUUUAUCAGAAACAGGUUGAUGAAGUGGUAAAAACAAAAUUACAAGAAUUUCAAAUGCAACUUGACACUGCUGAAUCAGAAUUUUUAGAAGAAUUGAAAACAAGACAGCAAGUUAUAGCUGAAUGCGCUGCUAGGAAAAUAAAAGAUGUUAUUGAUAAACAUCGUUUGGAAAUAAAUUUAUUAGAAGAAAAACAUAAAGAAGAGAAACGAUUGUACGAGCUACAAUUAGCUCAAGCUUUACAAAGAUCAUCUAUGUUAGAAACGCAUUUGAAUUCUCAGCGCACAACAAAAUCCCAACUUGCAGAACAAUUGCACUCUGUUAUGCAAAAACAAUGGCAGCAAGCUCUACAUAUUAUAUCAGGUGGUAAUACGGAUAACUUAUCUCCGAUUCAGAAAAUUUAUGCAGACAAACAUUUUAAUUCUAAAGGUCCAAAAAAGUCCGAAUCGAUGCCAAACUGUUAUACUAAACUUUCUCAGGAACCGAUAAAAUAUACGACUCAGUUAGAAACGCAAAACCCAAUGCAAUUGUUUGAAGAUCAAAACGAAAGUGUGAUUACAAUGAAUUCUAAUGAAAAUACAUCUUUAAUUAGUAGAAAGGAAUCGAAGAAUGAUCUUCGAAAAUAUGUAAAAAUGAUUGCAGAAAUGCAACUAGCAAAGGAAGAUAAAGAUCUAAAACCUAGAAGCAGCAUUUCAAGCCCGCCGUUAGAAUGUAGGGAAGUACCGCGAAAACAUUAUUUAAAAAAGGAAUUAAGUAUAAUGAGCGAAGAUAGCAUCAUGUGGCAACCAACUUCCGAGACUUCGCAUGAUGUUAGCGAACAUAUAUCUCUUCCGGAAAAAAUGAUUACGAAAUUGGAUCAGCAGAAAAGCAAGCCUCCUUGGAAAUGACGUAUAGCUUAUGAUAAUAAUGAUACCGAUGGUGUGGACGAACUCGAUUAAAUCUAUUAGAUUAAUUCGAUGCAGUGUACUUAAUUAGCUGUAAUACUUUUUAAGCGGAGAUUUUAUAAGCGAGAAAUAUCAACAUAUCAAUAUUUUUAUUAUGAAAAAUUUAAUAAAUAAAUUUUUUUAUACA